UAUGUGUGACUUAUUUUGCAUCAGGUCGAAACGAAUAAAUAAGAAGCCGCAAUUAUGUUGUCGGCGUUUGCGGAUGUGAAGCCUUACGUGAAGGUGUCCAGCACCAACAAAGUUCGGUUCGACACAACCGUGAACAAGCUUCACUAUCGUGCGACUGUCGUGUUUUUAAUGCUCUGUUGCAUCCUCGUCGUCAUCAACGACUACAUCGGCAAAACGAUAGAAUGCAUUUCCAAGGGAGGCGCAGCUAACAACGCUGUCACGACUUACUGUUGGAUCAGUUCGACUUACACACUGCCCUCGGAACUUGACAAAGAAACCGGAGUCGGUGUUGCCCAGCCGGGGGUUGGACCAGGACUGCCGCCGCCUAAUUCUUCCUUUAGCGCGGGUUAG